UAGGAAUGCCUUGAAGAUCGACCAGACCACUGGUGUAGAGUUUUGAUUUUUGCUUUGCCUACCAAAUUAAGAGCUAAACCAAAGAUUGACCACCAUUCGUCGUUUCAAAUGGGAACAAAUGAGUCAUAGUGGGCAGAACAAGCAAGGAGAUGGGCAGAGCAAAGCACGACCUAGCGAGAUCCUAUUUGCGCAUGUAGCAUACAUUUGCAUAUUUACGUUAGGGAACCAAAUUCGCCUUUGCACUCCUUUUAAACAAUGCCAUUUUUUUCUCAACUUUAGCAAAGGGUAAAGUCUACAAAACGUAGUCCACUAUGUUCGUAACAGAUUAUAGUUUUGGGAACAGAACACUGUAUUGAGAUCAAAUGUUUAUCGAUGAGAAAACUUGCAGAAUUUCGUCCAAAAUCCAUCUCGUUCCAGCUUCUCCCACUGCCGGACAGUGGCUUCCUACUCACUACCAUAUUUGAGUGGAAACGCCAACCGGAUGCUUCACAUUUAUACAUCCGAUGAAAUGUCUGUAUAAUUGUCAGUGGCUAAACACAAACUGCAGUCUCCAACCAGUUACUGGCGGUAAUGAACGGGUUUCCUCCGCCGUCGUAAAGAGAAUAAGAAAAUCUGUCUGCUCUCGACCAAACGUCAGAUGACAGGCGAAUCUAAACAAUAACAAAUACACACCUUAUGCCAGGGUUAUAAUUUACGGGGUGAAGGAUGGCAUUUAUAACGGCAAACUGGAAUCCGCUCGGGGAAGCGUUUUACAGGAAGAUCGAGCUGUAUGAGAUGGGAUGGAGCUUGAGAGAUGGGCUCAAGGAAUGUCUGGUGGCAGCAGCCCCAUACGGGGGACCGAUCGCUCUUCUAAGGCAGCCACAGAGGCCUUCCUCCAGUGCACGGCCCCAGCUGGAGAUCUAUUCCUCCUCAGGCGCGAACAUGGCCAGCUUCCCGUGGAAGAGUGGCCCAGUGAGACAGCUGGGUUGGACAGUGUGUGAUGACCUGCUGUGUAUCCAGGAGGAUGGCACUGUCCUCAUCUACGACCUGUUUGGUGCCUUCAAAAGACACUUCAGCAUGGGCAACGAGGUGGUUCAAAACCAGGUGCUGGAAGCCAAGGUGUUCCACUCACCCUAUGGAACUGGUGUCGCCAUAGUAACGGGAGCCUCACGCUUCACCCUGGCCACGAAUAUUGACGACCUGAAGCUGAGGAGACUCCCGGAAGUCCCAGGCCUCCAGGGGGCACCCUCCUGCUGGGUAGUGCUGACUCAGGACAGACAGACCAAAGUGCUGCUGGCCAACGGAGUUGACCUCUACAUACUGGACAACACAUCCUGCACCCCUGUGACCCCUCCUGGCCUCUCUCCACAGGCCUGUAGCAUCGUGAACAUGGCCGUGUCAUUCAGCUAUAAGUACCUGGCUCUGUUCACAGACUCUGGACACCUGUGGAUGGGCUCAGCCAACCUCAAGGACAAGCUGAGUGAGGUGGACACCAAGGUGAGGACCCCGCCUAAACAGAUGGUCUGGUGCAGAAGGCCAAAGAGCCAGCAGCCCUCUGUGGUCAUCAUGUGGGACAGGCUCCUACUGGUGGCCGGAGAGUGUACAGACACCAUCCAAUACACUCUGGAUGAGGAGAGUGUGUGUGUAGCAGAGCUGGAUGGAGUGAGGAUCAUAGGAGGGUCCAGGCAUGAGCUGCUGCAGGAGGUGCCCUCGGCCUGCCAGGACAUCUUUAAAAUCGCCUCCAUGGCUCCUGGAGCUUUACUACUGGAGGCACACAAGGAGUACGAGAAGUCCAGUCAGAAGGCAGAUGAGUACCUGAGAGAGAUAAAGGAACAGAGUGUAUUGGGGGAAGCGGUGAGACAGUGUGUGGAGGCUGCUGGGUAUGAACAUGAACCAGAGACCCAGAAAACACUGCUCAGGGCUGCGUCUUUUGGGAAGUGUUUUCUCAGUAACUACCCACCAGAGCCGUUUGUCAGUAUGUGUCGAGACCUGAAAGUUCUCAACUCUGUCCGAGAGUACACUGUGGGGAUCCCCCUCACACACACACAGUACAAACAGAUGACUGUUCAGGUCCUCAUUGACAGGUUGGUGUACCGUAAGCUGUAUCCCCUGGCCAUUGAGAUCUGUCGCUAUCUGAAGACACCAGAGUACCAGGGAGUCAGCAGAGUUCUCAAACACUGGGCCUGCUGCAAGGUCCAGCAGAAAGAAGAGCCUGAUGAGUCCAUAGCACAUGCUGUCAGUGUGAAGCUGGGCGAGGCAGCAGGAAUCUCCUACUCUGAGAUCGCUGCCAGAGCAUAUGAGUGUGGCAGGACGGAACUGGCCAUCAAGUUGUUGGAGUUUGAGCCUCGUUCUGGGGAGCAGGUCCCCCUUCUACUGAAGAUGAAGAGGAGUCAACUGGCCCUGAGUAAAGCUAUAGAGAGUGGAGACACAGACCUGGUUUACACGGUGGUGACAUACCUGAAGAACGAGAUGAACAGAGGAGACUUCUUCAUGACGCUCAGAAACCAACCGGUAGCUCUGAGCCUCUACCGGCAGUUCUGUAAGCACCAGGAACAGGACACACUGAAGGAUCUGUUCAACCAAGACGAUGACCAUCAGGAGCUGGGUAACUUCUACGUCAAGGCCAGUUACAAGGAGAAGAAGCUGGAGGCUCGCCUGUCUCUGCUGCAGAGUGCUGUGGACGAGUACAACAAGGCCAAGAACGAGUUUGCAGCUAAGGCGACAGAGGAGGAGAUGAAGCUGCUACGUUUCCAGAGGCGUCUGGAUGAGGAGAAGGGAGAGGCUCUGCUGGGCCUGUCUCUCCAGGAGACUCUGCAUGCCCUCCUCACCUCCAACUUCCACAAGCAGGCUGAGCAGCUCUACAGGGACUUCAGGGUGCCAGACAAAAGGUACUGGUGGCUGAAGCUGACCGCUCUGGCAGAGAAGGAUGAUUGGGAAGAGAUGGAGAAAUUUGCCAAGAGCAAGAAGUCCCCCAUCGGCUAUCUACCCUUUGUGGAGGUGUGUGUGAAACAACACAAUAAGUACGAGGCCAAAAAGUAUGUUUCCAAGGUGACCCCAGAGCAAAAGGUCAAAGCCCACCUGGCCAUAGGUGAUCUGGAGGGGGCAGCCGAGGCAGCUAUAGAGAGGAGGAGUGAAGGAGAGAUCAGCACUGUCCUGUCCCGCUGUUCUCCCACCACAGACCGAGCCCUGCUGGAGAGACUCAACCGAGCCAGAUCCACUGCUGCCAAAAAGUGACCUUCCUGAAAUCCUAUUCAAACCACAAAAUAUCUCACUGACAAAAAAGUGAGCCCUAUCAAAAACGCACUAAGAACUGUUGCUGUUGAAAAGUGACCCAUCAACCACCAUUCACUUCAGCUCCAGCCUAUGUCCUGCUUCAACUACGUUUGGAGGGGAAGGAGUGAUUUGGGAAAGAAAGACAUUCCAACACACACACAGCUUAGACAAGCUGAUAUCAACAGCACUCCCAUACUAUACCAAUCAUGAAAGAAAUGUGCCUCUCGACUGUCUGUUUUAGCCAAGAGAUGCAGUGAGAUCAUCUCAAUUCGCAAUGAAUUGCAUUCAUAUUGUAUAUCCUGUGUUUUCAAAUCUGUUCAAAUGAAGGAAGUGAGAGAAGUAGGGACACCACUUUUGACUAUUGAGAAGCACAGAUUGCUCCCAUUUACUGUCUGCGGUAAGCUGCUUGUGUUACUGACUCUCCUCUCCAGAUCAUGUGAUUGUCAUAUUAAUGAAACCAUGUUGGUGUUGUUCACACACUGCAGACCAUUGUCUCAUGUUGUAUCAUUGAAUAAAUGCAUUCCUUUGUAAAGGAGCUACAUAA